GCUUGAACGAUGAAAAGAAAGCAGGAACAGGGUCAGCUGCCAUACAGCAUGAAUUUACUUACUAUGAACAUUUGUUGUUUUUAAAACCUGCUUUUGCCCACCGUAAAGCAUUAUCGACUCGCAUCAUUGCUCCUGAAAGUAUGCAGGCGUCAGAUAAGUUAAUAUAAAAAAUAUUCAUUCAAUCAGUAUAAAACUAAGUAGUAAAAGUUAUACAUUUGCAGGAACCUCUCUGUCCAAGGAGAUGCCGGAGGUUGCAGCAAAGCCAUCGUUGACUGCAACUUCUUAAUCGUUCAACUGUCCAUCUGCUGCUGGAAAAGAAAAUGAUUUAACGUUUGGUUCUCCAGCUCCAAGAUCACAACAUGUGCCAGUGUAUGAUGUGGCAUCACGGACCUUAGUGAAUAAGAGUAUGCCAGGGGCUGCAGCAAAGCCACCAUACACUGCCACUUCUCCAUCGACUAGCUGCUUAUCUGCUACCAGGAGAAAUCAGAAUUUCAAGUUGGUUCAUCCAGCUCCACCAAAAGUACCAGUUUUCGAUGAACCUGCACAAAAUAAACUCAAGAUUAUGGCAGAAGAUAAUAAACAAAUACAGAUGCUGCAAACUCAGAUGCUUUUAACUCUACAGCAUGUUCAACAAAAAAUGGGGAUUCCAGAAGCAGUACAACCAGUAUCAGAUCAAUUUGGUCAAUCAAUAAUUGAUUUUAAACAUCAUUUGAAUGCUGCAUUUACUAACGUUCCAGUUGGUUAUGAAGAGCAAUGCAUGGAAUACGUAUUACAACAACUGGAAAAGUUCGAUCAGCAGCAGAAUGCGUACAAAGGUAAUUCAUAA